AUGCACAAACAUUGUUUUGAGGUAGUUGAUCGCAGCUUAAGGGAUGUUCUUACACCUUAUGAUGAGCGCAAUAAAUACAUUCAUUUUGGGGGAAAAGUUGUAGUAUUUUGUGGUGAUUUUAGACAAAUUCUAUCGGUCAUACACAAAGGAACUAGACAAGCAGUUGUAAAUGCUACCAUUAAUUCAUCCAAAAUUUGUAUUGAAGACAGAGAUGAUGUUGACAUCACGCUGCGUAUUCCAGAUGAUGUUCUGAUUUCAAGCUCAAAUGAUCUUAUUGCCUCGAUUGUUACUGUCAUAUAUCCAUCUAUAUUAGAUAAUAUGAAACAUCCUUCAUUUUUUCAUGAUAGAGUCAUAUUGACUCCAAAAAAUUCAAUUGUUGACUUGAUUAAUGAGUACAUGUUGUUAUUGAUAGACGAUGAUGAGAACGUACAUUUGAGAUACGAUUCUCCAAAUAAUGAUAACUCUGGUUUCGACAAGCCGGAUGAUAUACACACUCCCGAGUUUUUAAAUACAAUUGUCUGUUCGGGCCUUCCAAAUCACAAGUUAAUAUUGAAAUUUGGAGUUUCAGUUAUGUUAUUGAGAAAUAUUGAUCCAGCUCAUGGGUUGUGCAAUGAAACUCGGUUGAUUGUUACAAAGAUGAGACAAUUUAUUAUAGAAGGAAAUAUAAUAUCAGAAAGCAAUAUAUGCGACAAAGUUUUUAUUCCCGGAUUAUCCUUAACACCAUCUAAUAUCAAAAUCCCUUUCAAAUUUCAAUGUUGGCAGUUUCCUAUCGUUGUUUCAUUUGCCAUGACUAUUAACAAGAGUCAGGGUCAGUCACUGAAAAAUGUUGGAGUGUAUCUUCCGCAAUCAGUAUUUUCACAUGGUCAGUUAUACAUUGUUGUGUCAAGACUCACAUUGAGAAAUGGUUUGAAGAUUUUAAUCGUUGAUGAUAACGAAAACCUUACAAAUACCACUUCAAAGGUAGUUUAUAAAUAA